UGCGGAGAGGAGGACAUGGAACUUGUCGGAGGAGUGAUGACGGUGGCGCUUCUGGUUUCGGCUGGCGCCGCAGACACGGAGAUGCGACCGACUGCGGUGCUGCCACCUGUGAGAGCGGGCGAGAACACGGCACAGGACCACGCGGCGGCCGGCUCUGUGGUGUCGCCGCUGGGGCUGCUGGGAACCGCAGGCUCACUGGGCUUGCUGGGGCCCGCCAGCCCCCUGCUGUCGUCGGUGGUGCUGAGCUCUCUGCUGGGCCCCGCUGCGGCCGGCUACUACCCGCUGCUGCACGGCGCGGGGGCAGGCGGGCUGCUGCCGCUGCUGCUGGCGCAGGCGUACGGCCGCUACCUGCCGUACGGCCUCGGCGCGUACGGGCUGUACGGCUACAGCGCCUCCAACGCGGUGCAAAACAGCAAGCCCUUCGGUGCCUAUAAGUACGAGGACCGCAUCUGAGGACGCACGUGGCGCCGGUGCGGGCCGGGCAGAAAUGCUCGCGUCCUAACAAGGCACCGCAUCUACCUAAACAGUAGUUCCUCAGUCUGUGCUCGAACGGCUCAACUGUUCGUGCCAUACGAAUACGUAAUUUUAAGAGCGAAUCGUUUGUGUGGAAGUUGUCGUGUAUGGUAAGCCAAAAUAAACUGUCAGCAAAAGAAAUCGAUGAAUGAAGGUAGUACGUGUGUUACAAUUGCCAACAAAAAAAUAAAUAAUGUAAUUCUCUGAAUUAAUAAAUUCAUUUAA